AUGGAGAAAGUACGAAAAACCUUCUUCAAUCCACUCGUCACCUCCAAGGCCAAGGUGAUUGAGAUUCUGGAGAAUCUACCAGUCGGUUCAGCACACCCUUUCAGUCCGGAACAGAUUCUUCUUUGUCGGUCGGAAAAUGGAAUCAUUGAGAUUGACACCUCGUCGUACCAAGAGGACUUCUUCUUCAAUGCCGUCGACUUGGGUGAAAUGGGGGAGAUUCUUUUGACACGAAUGGCCAAGUUCAAUCAACUGAAGAUUUUCAAGGACUUCCAGAUCAUGCAAGCACCAGAUACGACAUUCAAGAUCCCAAUAGCCCCAGACCGCCAGAUUACCCUUCUAGCAGUGUCUAAAAAAUAUCCAACGUACUGGGACUUUUGCUUCGUAGACGAAUCAUGCCACGCGUGUUGCUAUAAUGCGACGAACACCUUUAGCGGAAUCACCCACAGCGGAGAUAUUAUCAGAGACAACGACCUCCUCCACUAUGCUCAGAUCAACAAGGAGUUGCCUGCGGAGAAAGAAAUAUGCUUUUUCAUAUCUGGCUAUCAGAACACUCAUAUCUCGCGUUUCGUGGGGACGUACCCCGCAAUGCUUGUUGCAGACCAUGAGGAUAAGAUCCUUUACAUCAUUCCAGUUCCUCUGGAUGCAGCAACAAUCGGGGAUGCGACGAUCUGCUGUCCAAUGGUAAUCAAACGGGAUGGAGAUUCGUUGGUCUGCUCGAUACUGCCAACAGCAACCACCGACCGAAACAUGCACUGCUCUGGGAAUAGAUUGGAUAGCCCUGCCUUCCCGGAAGCCAUCCAGCGCGCCAACUUUACCAUAUCCGAAAAGGAGACAAGAAAACGAUACCCGAUAGAAGAUUUGGCCGAGGCGGAUCAAACAACGGUUUCAAAAUGCAUGGACAAUAUCGACAACCACAGGAAUGCAGUUUUGACUACCCAUUCGGCCAUCAUCCCCUCAUUCAUCGACCAAAGAGAAGCCCAGAUCAUACGAUUCGGCACGGGUCUCGAAUUUGAGUCGUCCAGCAACGAGCCAUUGGCACAAGCCAAAUCUUCCAGUGUCAUCCUCCCAUGCAUUUUUGGCUCCGAGCUGCAAGGUCCGGUCCUACUGGCCACCGGAACAGUUCCUUCAAACGUUCCAUUUGACAAGGACAGCUCCCUUCAAGAUUACUACAAACAGCUGAAAAGCGCCGUGGUGAUUGUUGACGACAAAAUGACAGACAACGCCCGCAACCUCGCGUCGCAGUACCGAAUCAACGCGCUCUUCAUAGUACAGCUCAAUCAUGAAACAGAGCCUACGGAUUCAGGUAGUGUUGUUUCGUUGCUGGAUUCGGCGAACAUAAAUGCAGUAACGGCGCUUGCAGGACCGCAAUCUUUGGUCUUAGUUCAAAUAUCUGAGAAGUUUUACUUCUACCGAGGCAUUGCCAACCGCGAGCACCUUGACACAUCGAGGCUGGAGUUUGGCACCGAGUUGACGUCUCUACUUCACACAGUCGGAAUGGAAUCGAUACUCGACCCCCGGGUUGCGCGGAUAGUCCGACUGGACCAGGAAAAUUCAAUCCUUCUCCCCGCGUCCGGCCAAUCCGUUCAGCCUCAGGCUCUGCAAAAGGUACUGGAAGAGAUAUCGCUCGAGCAGAUCGAAAGCCUGGGUCAAGAUAUCCUAGCUGCCGUGCCACAGCUCCAGGUACUUCUGAACCAGAAAGAGUUGCAAGAGCUUUCCAAGUCUCUUAUAACUACACUAUCCGCCAAGAUCAGCAGUGCAGCUUCUCCUUUGAAAGAGAAAUAUGUUCGCUUUUUGACAACCGAAUACAAUGCCGAAAAUCGAAACUCAGUGUUGAUGAAGGGCAAGCUGCUCGGAGAGCUAAGAAAGAUUACAAAGGAUGUGCAAAAUACUCUCGAGCCGAUCAUUUCUUGCUUGGCUAAUAUGAUAUCGUCCCAAACGACUUCCAAGCGAACACACGACUUGAAACGACUUGUCCGCCAAACGACGAUCCAGAAUAAUGUCGAAGCUGCGAAGUACAUGACCUUUGACACUCUUUCCGAAUAUCUCGAGACGUAUGCAGAGGACAUGGGCGUUAUGCUGCUGAAUAUCGAGACGGCAACAUUCCAAGAGCUACUGGGCAACCUGAAGAACAAUACAAUCAAUGCUAGCCAAUGCUGCGCUUUAGAUUCUCGAAUUCUCCACCUGCAAGGCUUAGACGCCGGAAUAAUCAUCGAACACUCCCAAUCAAAGCACGACGGCCCCCUUCAAAGCAUAGCUGGAGUAUCGCAACCUAUCCUGGCUCUAUCUCAACUAAACAAGAAAUCAGGACAAGGAUCAAUGUUAGCAUGGGUGUGUUGGGACGAAUUCGUCAACCUCGAAAGCCCCUACAAGGUGCGCUGGAUGGAAAAGUGCAACGAGCCACACAUUGCCGCCCUGCGAAUCAUUAUGAGAAGAACCUUGAGUCAAGCCGUCGCAUCAAGAGCCUACAAUCUUCAUGAAAACUCCCCGGAAACAGGCACCCUUAUGAGCUCCCUCUUGAUGGCUUCCAUGUCCAAGCUCGCAGCAAUGCGCACCUCUCAGCCCACAGAAAUAGUCGGUAAAGCCGAAGACACCGUUACCCGACUCAUGCGUGGGCUUUUCGGCAAUCUCCUGACAAUUGCCGGCUCCGGGCUCCGUCCUCUCAGCAUGGUCUGGCAAUUAUUCGGUCAGCACCCUCAGUACGAUGUCCCCGCCACAAGGGGCGACUGGGUCUGGUACGAGACAGUUGUCAACCUGUACCCAUACACGGGGUGGCCGCUUGCUCAAUUCCAUGACAACCUAGAGAAACUCCUAGACAAAGUAUUAAUCCGCGUCGUGACCAAGAACGAGAAUCUGGAACAGAUCAAAGCCAGUCGCACAGAGGAAAUGACGAGAUUCCGCAAACUUCGCAACGUCCACCUCACCCAUUCCCGAACAAUAUUAACGGUCUUCAUGCGGAUGCUCACAGCCGCCAACGACAAAGAUCCCGAAAUCGACAUCGCCGCUGUUGCAACCCGUCUACUUGCACACAUCCCUCAAACCCUCGAACGGGAAUUCGAAAGUUAUAAAAGAAUGAUCACCUACUUGAAAAAUCUAGCAGAAGGAAAGCCAAGACAUGCAGAAUCCGACACCAUCCCCAUGAAUCUAUACACAACGCGCUCCGGCGCAUUUGCAGAACUAAAGCGUCAAGUUCGCGAGGCAUGCAAACAGAAAGACUGGGAUCAAGUCAAGAAAUCCUGCCAGGAUAUUUUAACGAAGCGAAGCGAAAUUGCCACACUCUGGAGCGUCGCGCCUGAUUCGGUCAAGGUGCACAACAUCAACGCAUACCAGGCUCUACUGGCGGCGGAUUUCAACGAAGAUGAAAAGGAAGAAAUUGCGAGUACAAACCAGAGGAUCGCGAGACAGAUUGCCGGAGAUGCGGAGAUCGAUCUUGUUCCGUGGCGUGUUGGGAAGAAGGGUCAGUAUGGAGAUAUUGAGCCACUGGAUGAGAGUGUUGUUCAAGAAAUCUUGACCGGGGAAGCAGCUAUGAGCGGUCAAGAAGGAGAAGAUAUUGAUGAGGCAACGGAAAAGGUCGCAGAAAAGGAAGUCGUGAACCUCGGGGAUCAAUUCGCUCAGUUCCAGAAGUCUCUCAACCCGGAUUUCAUCCUGAAAAUGCAACAAGAGUUCUCUGUCGAAGCAGUGUGCGAGGUUAUCAUGAUUCCUGUUUCCGCGAUGCGUGUUUUCGUCAGCGCGCUGAAUCCAGAAUUCGAGUGGGCGGAGUUUGGGACCAAUUUCCAAGGUGUUGUCUUGGAUUUGGUGAGGAACCGGUCUGGUCGGGAAGAAAGUCGACCGGUUAGAAAGCUGUUGCGACUUGAGAAGGGCCUGUUGAAUGUAUAG